ACAGCUCUCGCCCAGGUCCGUCCCCUACCUUACUUGUGACUUGGGUUGCGAGUUUGCGUAGUGUAGCUGUGCCUGUCUUCAUCAAAAAAAUCCCUUAAGCAUUAUUUUGAUACCCGUGAACCGCCAAAUCCGACCCGAAGACCGAGUCUACCCACCCAAAAUGUCGAACAACCCAUACCUCCUCGCCGCAGAUAACCCGGAGGCGUGUAUCGCGCUCCUUCGCGAGAACCCCUCUCUGGCCUCGGGUCAGGACGAGCACGGCUACUCCCUUAUUCACGCCGCCGCCAGCUACAACCACCUGGACCUCUUGCGCACUCUUGUAGGCGAAUUCAAGGUCCCAGUGGACCUCAAGGACGAAGAUGGCGAGACAGCGCUCUUUGUCGUCGAAACCGUCGCCGCUGCCAAGGUCCUAGCCGAGGAGCUGAAGCUGGACACCACCAUUGUGAACGACGAGGGUCAGACCGCGAGAGAGAAGAUCGAGGCCGAGGAGGAUUAUCCCGAGGUCGCAGAAUACCUCAGUGGUCUGGAAGGCGAGGCCAACACCACUACCACUGCCCAUGGCACGACAAACGGAGUCACGCCAGCGGACCUUCCCCCGGCUCCCGAGGGUCUACAAGUACAGAUUGGUACAAUGAACGAGGCGGAGAAUGCUGGGGAGCCGGAUCCCGAGUUCCGCAGGCGGAUUGAAGAGCUUGCCUCGAGAGAGGACUUUGAGACUGCCGAGGGACAGGCGGCAUUGCGCCAGUUGGUGGAGGAUGCCAUCCUAGGACCUAGACAGGAAUGAGACAUUUCGCCAUAAAACGCCGAUUACUUUUCACUCAUGGCUCUUGAUCUCCCACAUUACAUAUUCCCCCGGCGCUCCUUGGGGUCGAAAGAGAGAAAUCUCAGAGUUGUCCCCAGCCAUGCCCUUGGAGAAGGUCGUCGUGCUGAACGAGAACCAAGUUUUCGAUGGGAGUUCAGCAACGAGAUUGAGGAGAAUCUCCCGACACCAGGACGGAGCAAGAAAGCCCUGCCAAGUAAGCUUGCAGAUCUUGCCUUGCUGGCCAUCGCCAGGCACCUGAUAUCGGCAAAGAUACGGAUCAACCUGGUCGCCCACCUGAAUUCGGGGGCUCUGCAGUCGGACGAGUGAUAGCCACUCAUAGAGCUCGGUGGAGAAGUAUUCGAGUUCCUCUCUCCCCUCUGGUCCGAUUGCGUCAACCGGAGGCUUCAGGGUCGGCAACAUGGCGUCGAGGUUUUCCAGGACACUGGGCUCUGCUGCACACCUGGUCGGAGAAUGUGGCGCGAGGGGAUCUGGAUUGGGGACUGAAGUGACGUUAGUGGGUGCGUGUGCCGUAGGUCACUGGACGAGAUGCUUACUGGUGGAAGAAAGGUUGCAGAAUAGCCAAGUGAUUGGUGUAUUGAAAGCGUUCUUGCUCGCAUAGAUCAGUCUGUCGAAUCCUUUCUUGCCUGGGACCAUCGACGAACUCGUGAGGUCGACUUCAACGACUGUAGUUAAGGCCUCGUUAGUAGCCAUCAAGAACUAGUAUACUCCAAGUAGGAAGAAGAGACUUACCCCACCGGGGCUUCAGACCACGCUUUCCUUUCACUCCGUCAGGCUUGCCAACAAGACCUGCUCUUUCAUAUGCUUCCUUGUCCAAUAACAUUGUCAAGAUGCCUGCAUCAUUAUGUUAGCAGAGCGUUCAAUGCAGUCUUCACUCG